AGUUUCCGCGAUUUCGUCGAGAUAAGCGGGUGUUUUGCUUGUGGUGGCGACAUCUCGACGACGCGCUGGGAAAUAACCAACCGACGUGUGUGACUGAUUGUCAGAACGGUAAAUUUCGAAAAAACUAAAAAUAAUUGAUAAAAUUGCCUCGAUCGUAACGAAUUGUUGGAUAACUACGGUAGUCUUAAUCUUCAACGGCAGUUUUUGUUGUAGGUAAUAAAUUAGGAAUUACCUACACACUUUAGCUUAAAACCUAACCGAUGGCCGAGUCCAAGGCAGUCGAUGGCGUCGUCGACGAACUCCUCCUCGGUGACGGCUUCUCCAUAGUGGACAGCACCAAGGGCGACGGAGGCAGCGAGCAACGGGACCACGCCGACUCCAAAAAGAAGGCCGCCAAGCCCGACAAAGACAAAGAAAAGGAAAAGGAGAAGGAAAAAGAAAAGGAGAAAAAGCCCGAACCGAAGAAAGAAAAAGUCGAGGAGAAACCAGCCAAGAAAGAAGACAAAGUCGAAGAGUCCCCGAAGAAGGAAGUCUCCCCGACUAAAGACGACGCCAAAGUAAAUGGACACGACGCGAAGAGCGACGCUCUACUAAUCACCACCGAGGAAGACCUCGACCUGACCGAAAAAGACAAGAAGAGCGAAGCAGACCCCAAAGAAGAGCCGAAGAAAGAAAGCGAGAGCAAAGACAAAGAAAAAGAGAAAGAGAAGCCGGCCGACAAACGCAAACAAGGAGACGUAUGGGUGUCGAACAUCACACGUCACGUCAAAGCCACCGACCUCAAGAAACAUUUCUCCAAACAUGGCAAAGUCCUCACCGCCAAAAUCGUGACGAACGGCAAAUCCUUCUUCGGCUACAUCCUCAUGGAAAGCUCCGACAUCGCCAACAAGUGCGUGCGAAACCUGCACGGCUCGGUCCUCGACGGUCGCAAAAUCACCGUCAGCAGACAGCGUCCGGACCAACGACGAUCCAUAACCGAGCGCAAACCCACCGUCAAGGUAGUCAAGAACGACCGCAAAACCGACAAGAAAUCCGACGACAAAGAGAAAGACAAGAAGCCGGAGAAGUCCAGCGAAGCCAAAAAAGACGACGCCUUGGCGGCCGCGAAGCGCACCGAAGACCGGCUGCGACGCGAGAUCGACUACCACAAGCGCGAGGUGGUCAGGCUGAAGAGGUACCUGACGGACGAGCAGCGCCGGCUGCGCAUCGAGCAACAGAAGAACCGCACCUUGAGCCGAGACCUCCAAGAAACCGAGUCCAAGCUGAGGGAAGAAAGACGCAAGAUCGACCGCGAACGAGAGCUCUUCGAGAAGAACCAGCGCACCGAUCGGGUCAAGCUCGAGAACGACCGGUCCAUGAUCAAGAAAGAACUGGAAGAGGUGAAGAAGCUGCGCGAGUACCUGAAGCGAAAACUGGAGGAAGAGCAGUCGAGGUCCGUGGAGAGAAGGCCGCGGGCGACGUCUCCCUACGCGUAUUCGUCGAAGAGGUUCCGCGAGUCCUCGGGUGGGGACAAGAGCUCCAAGUACGUGGAGGAGCGCACACGCACGCCGCCGUCGCCCCCGAAGCUGUCGUCCAGGUCGAAGAGGUCCCCGGUCAACUCGUUCCCGGUGGAGAAGGAGCGACGGGGUCCCUCGCAUCACUACAACAUGUCCGACAGGGAAGAGGUGAGUCGACAUAGUAGUUCGCUGGUGAUUCCAGCGAAGCCGUCGGCGCCUGCGGCGCCCAGGAACAUCUGGCCCUCGUUCCACCAGGAGGUGUGGAGGAUGCCUCCAGGGUCCGCCACCAGCACACCCUUCUCGUCUAGCCAGUCGUCCUACCAGAGGCAGUCCGACUACAAUUCGAGUUCGUCGAGUAAAGGCCCCAGUUAUUCGUCAACGCAGCGCGAGUUCAGUAAACGCGACCAUUAUACAAGCAGUUCAGUUAGAAAGUAUUAAUUGAUGUUUUUAAUUAGGUGAUAUAGCGUCUUAUUGUGAGUAUUUAACCGUUUCUAUUCACUUCUACUAACCACACGAAUAUGUUUAACUUUUUGUAGUGUUGCCGUUUUUUCUUUAUUUGGAAAUAAACGUAGAUUAGAGGAUGUAA